CUCAGCGGCUGCACCUUAAUCAUCGUGGGCGCCGUGAUCGAAGCCCACUACAGCUUAUACCUGGACUUCAUCUCUCACAGCUACAUCUCCGCCCCGUCCAUCCUCAUUGCCGUGGGCGUCCUCAUCUUCGUGGUAGGAUUCUUCGGAUGCUGCGGCGCCAUCAAGGAGAACCACUGUAUGGUGGUCACGUUUGCCGUGUUGCUUUGCAUGAUCUUCGUGGUGCAACUUGGAGUCGGAAUCACCUCCUACGUCCUCAGCUCUGAUGUCGAGGAGUUCUUGGAGGUUAACAUGCGCAAAUCCAUGCACAACUACAACUCCUCUCGCACUGGAGUCUAUAGGACCUGGAAUGUUGUGCAGCACGAGCAUGCCUGUUGCGGAACCAUGGGCUAUAUAGACUGGAGGUCCACCACUUAUGGAGAAUCAGUCAAUGGCGUUCCUGAUGCUUGCUGCAAGGAGUUCACCACUGACUGUGGCCGCAAUGUGUUUUCGGAUUCCAGCAAGCUGCCGUUCAUAAACGAGGGUGGCUGUUUUGACAAACUCAAGGGAGAUGUCAAGGACAACAUCACCAUCUUAGGAGGGGUUGCUAUCGGCAUUGGAUGUGUUCAGCUGAUUGGAAUUGCUUUCGCCUGCUGUCUCGCCAAGUCUCUGAAGCGCCAGUAUGAGACCGUGUAAAAAGCGCCACCACAAGUCCCUUUGCUAUCUACAAGACAAUCUUAUCCUGCUCAUGCCUCUUACAAACACUUAGGUUUGGAUCAGGUUUGGUGUUAGCAUUUCCAUUUUACUCUCUCAGGAUGCCAAGCUGCAGUGUUUGUGGUGAUGAACAAGAUGAGACUUGACCUUCAGUUGUGUGACAGGCAUCAAAUUGUCCUCGCUCAAAAUUAUGUAGAUUGCAAGUUGAUAUUUGAAGUUUAGCUCUGAGAAUGUUUUGCAUAUUCUUUUACAAUGAACGAUAAUCUUUUCUCUAAGUUUUUAGGAUGUUAGUCCAUUUUACUCGAGUUAUGGUGGUGCAGAACAACACAAUAUCUUCAUGUAGAUGAAGAACAAAAUGUUUUGGAUUGCAUGGGGGUGCAAGUGAAGAAAAAAGUUAUAGCUUAAAUGCCUUCUUCAGCACAAAAAUUGUAUCGCUUGACCUAAGAAAUUUCCAAUUUAGUAAUAGAGAUGGAAGGAUUCUGAAUUAUAUUACAAGAAUUUUUAAAUUGAAAAAAUAAGAAUUGUAAAUUUGUUCUUGAAAUUUUCAAAUCAGAGAUUUUAAUAAAAAUGUAGUUACUGUGCGUUAAAGCCCAGUGCAACAGAAAAAAAACAAAAAGAAAGAAAGAAAAAAUGGACAUGUAAAUCAAAGAAAUCUUCAUCUCUUUACAAGUUGAACAAAUCUUGAUUGGGCGAGCAUACACAUUGCCAGCGGUGUUUGUAAUGAGCCCAGGCAUUUUGACUUGCAGCCCAGGGAUUUGCAGAGUACUGUAGUAGGGUUAGCUCAUUCAUCUGCAAGUCAAAAUUACUGGCGUUGAUCACGUACUCACACAGCAAUGUUCAAGACAUUUUUGUUCCCUGUAGCAGCAGACCUUUCAUACUUGAAUGUAAUUAUUGAUUUUUUAAAGUUAAUUUUGAUUCUAAAUGCCUUAAAGGACAAAAAUACUUGUUUUUCAAAGGUAAAACAUGAUUCUUCUGUUGUAUUAGUAGUAUUGGUAAAAAAAAGAAAAAAGAAAAAGAAAAAAAAGGGCUUGUUUUCUUGACCUUUAGUUAUUUUUGUUGUGGAAGUGUUAACAAUUUUGGGGGUUGAAUGCUAUUUUUUUUUUUUUUUUUCAUGCUUGUGCUUGUGUUACUAUUGGAGAUUUGUAAGAAAGAAAAACCUCUUGUACUUACAGUUACCAUAUAACUUAUGUUGCAUUUUCAAAAGGAAAUGAGCAAUUGGCAUUGUUUACACAUGCAUAAUGUGAUUCCAUGCUGUUAUGAUCAAGCUUUGUGUAUAUGAUAAUCCAAAGGAAAUGUUGAAUCUCAUUGAGUAAUGUUUAAGAGCUUUAUAGGUAACAGUGAAACACUUUGUGGCAGAAUUAGGAAAGCUGAAUCAGAAAUGAGUUGUCAUUCUUGCCUUGUUGAGAGACGGACUCGGGCAAAGAUGUCCUUACUCCUUGUACAUUACAGAAUAUAUUUUAUGGGUUGGGAAGGUGCAGUUUUGUCUGAUUUUGGUGCAGAUUUUCACAGUCGUUUUUUCUCUUCACAAGUGCAACCACCAAACCUGGAAUGAGAUAUAGAGUGAGAGACUGAUCUGCGUCUGUCAACAAGAGAGAAAACAAACCAUUCCUGGUUCAGCUUUCAUGCCUCUCUCCCUCCACUUCUGGUUGGUAGUCGCUGCUGUUAUGCUUUACAUUGAUGUUAGCAUUGAAGAAGGGCUGCACAGAAGUUCUUUAAAACCAUCACAAUAUUUGUGAUCACUCUGGAUAGAAUAGGCACUCUGAGAAGGGUUUUUAGAUAGCAUUAAUGGCUGGAUGGUAUUAAAUUCUAAUGACUAAGAAGAUAGAAAAGCUUGUUAAUUAUUUUCAUAUCUACUGUACAGUCUUAUGCUAAAUUUGACUGCAUCUCAGAGUGUGCUAAAUGGAAGUUAAAAUGGUAUAUAUAUAUUUAAAUAUAUAUCCUCCCAAGAUCUGGUACUGUGCAAGGGAGAUUCCUUGCUUGACAAAUUUCCGUGUCUGAUACAAAAGCGUCCAGGAGACAAUGCAAGCCUGGAUGAGGAAGAGCCAUAACAGUGCAGGCAAAUGUAUGUGUAGUCAAAGAUGUGGCUUCCUAAGGAUCUUAUAGUAGCAGACAAGUUAUUCUUGUUUACAAAUGUAUAAAGCUUUCAUAUUGGCAGAGUAGCAGUAUUUUGAUAUUUACCCCACAGGAUGGCUGGGUAUGAGUGUUUAAUAUAAGAUGUAAGAUGUGCCAAAUAUACACACAGAAGAGAGACUGACUUGUGUUUGGCUCUGGGCUAAGUCCUUUUCAUUUAUGAAUGGCACAAGAAUAAUAACACCCUUGCUGACAGAACAGACAAGGUGCACAUCUUUUGUAAUGUCAUAUAGGUUGAAUUUUCAGUAAACCUUAAAGCAAAAUAGCUCAGUGGCAUAGUUCAUUUUUGUAUCUUCCUUGAGAAACUGUUCUUUCAUGAUUCUCAUCAACACAAGUAUUUAGCAAACUUGAUUUAUGACAUGUUAGUUAUUUUGCCCUUCAUGGUAUUUAGCACAUGUUGCAUAAAAAUCCCGGAAGGCAAAGUAAGUGACCAGUUCAUGUUACUUUGGUGUUUGUAUGAAUGAAGUAUGCUUGAGGUGAUGGUGUCUGAAUGGUUGACAAGUUCCUGUUAAGAGUCACUCCUCUGGAUUUAUGUAGUCUUGUCUAAAGUGAGGUUAAGGUUUUUGAUUUGGAAUGAAUGAUGAAAAAAUUGCUGAUCUAGGUGAAUUUGUUAAAAGUAUGUCAUUGAUGGUCAUAUACAGUUCCAAAAAAAUAAUAGUAAUAAUAAUGAAGAAUUAAGACUGCAUAAUUACCUAGAGGAAUAGUCUCUUCCCUAAAGAUUUAAAAAAAAAAAAAAAAAUCCCAUCCUUCUCUCCCUCCCCAUCCCUCUCCUCUCCUCCACUCUCACCCCCUCCCCCAUCACACUGCUCCACCACAAUGUUCAGAUAGAUCAUUGCUUCACUAUGCCAAAGCAAGAGAGUCAGGCAACUGUCACUUCAUGUGUUAUCUUAAAAUGCCAAGCUGCUCCUAUCAGUUGUGGAUAAGGAAGGUCUGUAGCUGUGAAGAAUUCUGGGUUAUUUACUAUUGUAUUCACAUUAAGUACUAAAUACAGUUUGAAAUAGUCACUGCAGAAAUGGGUAACAAAUUAGGAUGAAAAAUUUUGAAGCUUGCUCCCAUGAGCUUUAUUUGAGAAAUAAAUAAUCUUGUGUAACACAGCACAAGAGACUGUUUAAAGAUUUGAAUGAAGGUUUUUGUAGAUGUAUACCAGAGUGGAUCAUCUCCAUUUUCUCCAAAUGUAUUCUCAUCAUUGUCAAAAGUUUCAGCUUUUGUCUACGCUUUUACAAGUACCAUCGUAUACAUAUAGAAACCAAACAUACUUAGACAUACCCAUAAACAUGGAGAUACAUAUAUAAACAUGCACAAAUUUAUAUUUCACUCACAUUGCACAUUCUCUCCCCCCCCCCCCCCCACACACACACACACAGACAUGCAUACAUGUACACACACAUUUGUCCACACACACUCAUGCACAUAUCUGUACACUCUGACAUUUCAUUUUUUUAAUGAGUGAUGGAAUUUUUUUUGCAUGGCAAAGCAGUGGUAUUCUAACAGCUUUAACAUUGUAGUGGUGAAUAGAAGGCUGUACUGGUCGAUACUGCCAUUUGUAAUACCUGAGAUGAAUUAAAAGCCAAGUAACUGAGUAUUUUCAUGAAUAUAGAUCUUUUUGAGAAGUAAAAGCCAUUUGUGUGAAGUGGGGCCGACUCCUCCAGCUAGAUAAGAGCUGCGGUGAUGUGAGAGCAAUAAUCUCCUUCUGGAUGAUGAAAAACUAGAGAAGUAUUUUGAACCUUUGCACUAAUGCACCUGUGACUUCUAUUUUGCACCUCAUUAACCUCUGUACAGUAAGUAGCAGCAUGGGAAAUCUUGAUGAAUCAAAGAGUUUGCCAUUACUUUCAUAUUGCAAUAGAACAUAAUAUUUCGAAAAAAAACUUGCAGGAAUUGAUUUUCAUCAAGGUUUCCUGCCUUUGGGAUAUGUGCUGCGACAAUGUUACAAAUAUUGGGAUAUUUAUACGUUAAAAAGGUCAUGAAAAUCUAUAAUAGAACUUUGUGGAAACAAUAAAAUUGAUUCAGGGUAA